AUGGCAGUGAGGGUCUGUGGUGCGACGCCCCUCGUGUUUCGGUUGCACGAGGGCGCCCCCGAGCUGGUUCGGGAGGUACUGCUGGAGCGCGGGUGGGUGGAGUACGAUGAGCAGGAGCAGGAGGAGGGCGACUGGAAUCUCUACUGGCGCGCCUCGGCGUUCCGAAACGCGGACUACCGGAACAUUCUGCCCUGGCAGAGACUCAACCACCAUCCGAAGACGGUCGGCAUAACGCGCAAGGACUGCCUAGCCCGAAACCUCAGGAGGAUGAGGGGCACUUUUGGCUCCACCCUUUACGAUUUCAGCCCUGUUGCUUAUAUCCUUCCCAACGAUUACACAAGGUUUUUAGCGGAGUACACAAAGUAUCGGCCAGCGAAUGGAGGCAGGCCAGGGUAUUGGAUCUGUAAGCCCGUCGAUCUGUCAAGAGGGAGGGGAAUAUUUAUUUUUGAGGACAUUAAGGACUUGACGUAUGAUUCGCCAGUCAUCGUGCAGAGGUACAUCAGUGACCCCCUGCUCAUCUCUGGGUACAAAUUUGACCUUCGCAUCUAUGUUUGUGUGAGGAGUUUUCACCCUCUCACUAUCUACAUUCACCAAGAGGGUCUGGUGCGGUUUGCGACAGAGAAGUACAGCCUGGUAUCCCUAGACAAUCUUUAUGCUCAUCUGACUAACACCAGCAUCAACAAGUUUGGACCGUUCUAUACGACACAUAAAGAGCAAGUUGGUCAGGGGUGUAAGUGGACAAUGGGUAAAUUCCGCUGUUUCCUGCACAACCAGGAUGUCGAUGAACUUCUCCUCUGGCAAAGAAUAAACAGCAUUGUCACGCUUACUUUGCUCACCAUCGCCCCCUCCAUCCCUUGCAGCCCCAACUGCAUUGAACUUUUUGGCUUUGACAUUCUCAUCGAUGCCAGCUUCAAGCCGUGGCUGCUAGAGGUAAACUACAGUCCUGCCCUUUCCAUGGACUGCCCGGCGGACCUGACGGUGAAGAAGGCACUUCUGAAUGACCUGUUUGAUUUGAUGGGCUACAGAAAGGUUGACAGCCUUCGACAGAGAGGUUACCUGACGCAGCGCUGCAAACAUCCUCCCUGUCUGGGCAGUCAGUCUGUGCAGACCACUGUUCCACCAUUGUUGGUCCUUCCCCACAGCCACAGUCAUAGCCAGGCCGGUUUUCCCACCUUGCAGGAAGAUGACCUGGAGAACUCAGAUUCCAGCCUUAGCUUGCCAUUGGCUGAAAGGAAGCGAACCCGCUCUGCUCGGAAAAGCACAGGCUGCACAGCGUGCUCCUCAUGCUCACCCGAUGCCCUCUGCCCGAAACCGUCCCCGAAGUCAAAGGCUGCUGUGGUGGGGGGGAAUGGCAUGGCAGGCCGUCCAUUUCCAGGAAAACGAGAGCUUCUUCUGAGCACUGAGGCUACAGACACAGAGGCUCUGUUGGAAAACGGAGGGCUGUCACCGCUCAACGGCGCCAAGCAGCCACAGGGGCGCUCUCCUGUAGGUCUCUGCAAGCUUCCUGCUAUUCAGAUCCGAAAGUACAAGCCUCUGACCUUCCCAUGGGACCAUGUACCCAAGGACAACAGAAGGCCCCCUACCCGCGUGGGAGACUUCAUUCUGACAUUCCCUUUCAAUGAGGUCACCUUCAAGGCUUCAAGGAAUGAGCUUGAUGUCAAGACUGCUGUCCAGGAGGUUCAGAAACUCAUGAAUCGACUGGCCUCUGCUCAAAGUCACAGGGCGAAGAGAAGGAGGGAAGGGGAUCUGGACAAGUGUGUGGGACAGGAUAACUUCGCGUCAUUGUUUUGGGGGCCCAGGAACCCCCCUCUUCUGAGCGAGUGCUGCCCCACAAGGUGA